AUGAUCUGGGGGCUUGGGCCUUCCAGCACUUUGCUCUAUCAUCUCUACCAACACUAUUUCGCGGCGCCGCUCGCUGGAACUUUGCCAGACGCGCUGGGUAGCACUGCCCAGUGUUUAGCGGCUGGAUCGCGUGGCCGAGGAGUAAUGAGCGGGAGCAUUGGAGGUGGUUGGGAGAUGCUGGUUAGACGAAAAACGGUGACAGUGGUUGGAGGUGGUGAGUGCCACGAUGCGGCUCUGGAGGCAGGGAUUGACGGCAGGAUACAGGAGAGGAAGGGUGUUGACAGGAGUUCGAAGCAAGAACUGCGAUAG